UCGCGCUAAGUUUUUUUUUUUACUUAUGCUUUUUUACUCUAGACUGGAAAAACAAAACAAAAAAGGCUAUAAAAAGAAAAAUAAAGAAGACAAAUUCGCAAGAACCCUAAAAAGAAGAAGAUAAGAAAUCGGAAAUGGGCAUCAAGGACCUUCUCAGAUUCAUGAAACCUUAUAUCCUUCCCAUUCACAUCCAGAAAUACGCCGGGAAACGAGUGGGAAUCGAUGCUUAUUCAUGGCUACACAAAGGAGCAUACUCAUGUAGUAUGGAGUUGUGUUUAGACACUGAUGGGAAGAAGAAGCUGAGGUACAUUGAUUACUUUAUGCAUAGAGUCAACCUUCUUCAACACUAUGAGAUCAUUCCUGUCGUUGUUCUCGAUGGUGGUAAUAUGCCCUGCAAGGCUGCCACUGGUGAUGAACGUCAUAGGAAGCGAAAGGCUAACUUUGACGCUGCAAUGGUGAAGCUGAAGGAAGGGAAUGUCGCAGCAGCUACUGAGCUUUUUCAGAGAGCAGUUAGUGUAACAUCAUCCAUGGCUCAUCAAUUGAUUCAGGUUCUGAAAUCAGAAAACGUCGAAUUUAUUGUAGCUCCCUAUGAGGCUGAUGCUCAGCUAGCAUACCUAUCCAGCCUCGAACUGGAACAAGGCGGGAUUGCUGCUGUUAUAACCGAAGACAGCGAUUUACUUGCAUAUGGCUGCAAAGCUGUUAUCUUUAAGAUGGACCGCUAUGGUAAAGGAGAGGAACUAGUUCUAGAUAAUGUUUUUCAAGCUGUUGAUCAAAAGCCUUCCUUCCAGAAUUUUGAUCAAGAGCUAUUCACUGCAAUGUGCGUAUUGGCGGGCUGUGAUUUUCUCCCCUCGGUUCCUGGUGUUGGUAUUUCAAGAGCUCAUGCAUUCAUCUCCAAGUACCAGAGUGUAGAACUCGUUUUGUCAUUUCUCAAGACAAAAAAAGGCAAACUAGUUCCUGAUGAUUAUUCCAGCUCUUUCACGGAAGCAGUUUCAGUUUUUCAGCACGCACGUGUAUAUGACUUUGACGCUAAGAAGCUCAAGCACUUGAAACCCCUCUCCCACAACCUCCUGAAUUUACCAGUUGAACAACUUGAGUUCCUGGGACCAGAUCUGUCGCCAUCUGUUGCUGUUGCAAUUGCUGAAGGUAAUGUUGAUCCCAUAACCAUGAAAGCUUUUAACCACUUCUCGGUUUCUAGGAAACCGUUGAAGACGCCUGUUCGAUCAUUCAAGGAACAGGAAAAGGGAAGCUCCUUUUUGGUAUGUUCUUUGUCUAAAAGUGAGGAAAUAAUAGAGCUCAAAAGGACUGCAGAUGAAGCUAUGAUUGAUCCAGAAGCUAUUGUGAAGAAGAAGAUGUACUCUAAACAAGAUUCAGAUCUAUACAAACUGCUUGCGCAGCCUAACAGGGAUCAAGUGGUUACCCGACCCAGCAAUCCCUCACUUAUUCCGGACAACAACCCGUUCAAGAUUAGAAAAACCGAUGAAAUCAAUCUGGAAAUCGCAGAAUACGGUGUGCAAGAACUCGCUGAUUCGUUUGUGACCAAAAGCAAAGCAGUGGACGUGGCUUCUUCUUCACCAAACUCUCACGAACACGAGGAUCAAAAAGAGUGUGUUACAAUCGAUCUGUCCAAACUUGAUGCCGCUGGAAUCAAACAGGACAGUGAGAAGAACAGAGUGAAAGAAACAUUUGAAACAACAGAAGUAGAUCUAGCUGAAGUUCAAGAUCAUGUGAACAUGACGACAAAGAGAGUGCGUGGAACAAAACCUAGAACCGAGAAUUUCAAAGUGAAAACAAGCUGUAAAAGUUCAGAGAACAACAAGACUAUAAUCAAGAAGAAACACAGUAUAUUAGAUUUCUUCCAGCGAUUGUAAUCUCUUUAAUUUUGGUAUGUAAUCUUUUCUUAGCUUCUUUAUAACUCUUAAUUUAUGAUUAUUUGGAGAAUAUAGAGACGAACACCAUAUAUUAUUACAAACAACUC